GCCGCGACAUCUAGCAGCAGUAGAGCAAUUACCAAAGAUUGUCCAGUGCAGUGAGACUGAGAGAGUGAUAACAGGUUUUAUUCAUCGCCAUUUCCCUUUGCCAGCGUGUGCACUAAACUGUUCUGUGACUCAGACCAAGUACUGCAAAUACAAUCAGCCAGUAUGUGUAUCGGAAAUGAUGGAGGUCCUUGGCAAAACUGCCGCAAAUGCCAAACGUCUACAACUGGCGACAGUGUGAAGACGAUGGCGUUGACCAGUGUAGAUUCCUCUAGCAUCUUAGAUGUAAAGCUGGAACGACCAAUGACUACCGACUGCUUUGCUCCCAAUGAAUUUCUUACGACUUCUCCUCGGGCUUCGCCUGCUCCGAUCAACAACGAAGAAGAGCAAGUGGAUGCCGUCCAGAAGCCUAAGAAUGUUCGCAAACGCAAGCGUGGUGACGAUGAUCGAGUCCGACGGCCCAUGAAUGCAUUCAUGGUCUGGUCAAAGGACGCAAGGAAAGAAUUGGCUAAGCAAGAUCCCAGUGUACAUAACGCGGACCUGAGCAAGAAACUCGGUGAACUCUGGAAGUUGAUGUCAGAGGAGGAGAAGCGUCCGUACGUGGAGAAAUCCGAGUCGCUACGGGCCAUCCACCGCCGUGAACAUCCCGACUAUAAGUAUCAGCCACGUAAGCCGAGAAAGUCGGACUCCACAUCUUCGCAAGACAGCAGUGCAACGGGUUUGGACGAGCCAUCAGCCAAGCGCACCUGCUCAUCACCGUCUGUUGCCUAUUCGCAAUCCCUGGGUAUGUACGAUCUGGCCCGACCUGGAAGCGCAGUGGUAUCGCGUUCUGCAACACCAAGUCUGUCGGCAUGCGGCUCUGUGACUGGUGGCAGCAGUGACGUGGAUGUGGACUGGCUGCUGAAGGACACCAUCCAGACAUGUAAGGUAUCGCCAUCCAUGUCACUGAACUCCGCAUGGCCUAUGCCAACACACAGCUCGCAGCGUAACAUCUCAUCUGCAUCCUACAUGGACGCUCCGCCAUUGAGUCAUCCUCCUCAUCCAACGAAACCCAUGUGGAGGGCAGACCUUGGCACGCAGCCAUUCCAACCCGCUUGCCCAACGCAAGCACAGCCCCUCAGCUUGACGGCUAGCUCCAGUUCCAUCGCAUCAUCGUCUCUGGUUUCACCAAGCAGUGACAACAGCGACGCAUCGCUCGACUACAUUCUCCUGGACAAUGGCUACCUUCAGAAGUCUGCAGAUUUCGCUCAAUCCUUCAGCCUGUCCGCCAACAGCGCUAGCAGUGAAGAGUUCGGAGGCCUGUUGAGCCAGUAUCUAAGCGGAAGCCUGUUCAACACCAUUGGCAAUACGAAUACCUACCAAGAUAUUCAAGCCCCUGAUAGCACACUGGAGGACUACCAGCCAUAUUCCCAGUUCAGUUUUCCCCAACAGAGCCUGGAGCCACAGUACUCUGCGCUCUCAAUGCUCUGAGACAUCAAUGACUGAGCAAACACUGCUUUAAUGAAAAUCAACCAUAUCCUGUGCUUUACUUGAUUCCAAACUCCUAUCAAUUUUCUUUGCAUCUCGCCUCGGCUUGUUGUUGUUCAUAUCGUUACCACUUUUGCAAGCGAUUGUUGAUGAUACUUCUGCACAGUUGAAGCCUUGAAUGUCAAAUAAUUAUAUUUACCAGUACAUCUGUGGAUGUGAUCUUGUGAUUCACUCCAUAGCCUCGUUGAGAAUUCGCCUCUUCCAGAACACCCCAUUUGUCAUCUUCUGGCAAGACCACUUGACUGCAUUUUGUUGGAGAAUAUUUAUCCACUGUAUGUACAGUACAACCGAA